CCCGAUCGGAGGAGGAAGGCGAGGGCGGGGCCUCCGCCUGGGCCGCAGGGAGCGGACACGGCCAGUCCACGCGGGGCAAGAGAGAGAAGCGGCCGCCGGAGGAGGAGGAGGAGGAAGAGGAGGCAGCGCCCCGCUCCAGCAUCCGCCGCAAGAGAAACACUUCCAAGAUGACGCGGGUCCGUUGCCCCUUCCCAGCUUUCGCGACCGCCAUGUCUGCAGCAUGCUGACUCACAACGGUGGAGUAGAAGAGGGCGCCAGGAAUUGCUCCUCUCCCGAACGGCUUGCAAGCGUCUCUCCAUGGGGAGCGCACUGUCUUUCUCUGUCCAUCUGACCCUCACCACUGGCUGUCUCAGGAGCCCGCGAUUGGCUGGCGAGCCUGAGAGGCGGCAGGGCCUUCCCUCCAACCAGAGACAAGGGCGGGAUCCGGAAUCCUGAGCGCACGCCGGCCAGUGGCGAUGCAGUCGGACGAUCUCUUCGUUCGCAAGAUGCGACGCCACUCGAACCGUCCACCACUCACCUCCUUCUCGUUCGACAACUUCCGGGCCCCUAAGCCCCAGGCGUGCGAGGGCCCGCUCGUGGGCCACUGUGGCCCGCCGCUGAGGUCGCCGCAGCGCAGCGGCCUAAUGCAUCGCAGCAACAGCGACGUGACCCUGAGCGAAGGGGAGCUGACGACUGCUGCAGGGGCUCCCAGCUCCCCGUUGCCGCUCUCCGUGGCAUCCGUAACAGGGUUCCAGCAAAACAGCAGCAGCAGCCCCAGCAUGCCCUCGAAGAGCAUGGCGCCCCCUCGAGCCCGGGCACACAGCCACGAAGAGUCACGGGCGGGCAGCCCCACCGCCCGGCGUUUCCGCGAUCCCCUGCUCCUGCUGGGACUGGCAGCCUCGGAUGUCUGGGAAUCGGAUGGGAGCGGCGCCCCGUCGACAGAGACCAGUGUAUCGCUUCCCGCACCGGAGGCAGCCACGCCGGUGUGGGGCCGCCACUUGGCUCACUAUGACGUCCAGAGUAUCCUCUUUGAGCCGGGCGAGGGGGUCCGGGAAGCCGCCAGGCAGGGCAACGUCACCACGGGUGCCUCGGCAGCUUCGCAGUGCCGUACAGCGGACGUGACGCCGAUUCUUGAGGACGGGGCGGAAGAGGAGGAAGGAGGCAUACUGGUGCUCAGCUGUUCCGCCUUUCGGGUAGAAGCCGGAGGGGAGGUCGAACAAGGGCUAGGCCAGCACCGGGGGCUGCCCACGGGCUUCCACUGUCCAAACAUGGCCGUUUCAGUGCUGGAGGAACCCCGUGAAAGUUACGGACAGAGGAGCAGCCGAGUGAUGCACGCCAUCGAGUAUGCCGAUCUCGGAGCCUGUUACUACCGGAAGCAUUUUUACGGCAAAGAACAUCAAAAUUUCUUCGGGGUGGACGAUCAGCUGGGCGCUGUGGCCAUCUCCCUCCGUCGCGAAGAGAAGGAAGGAAGCGCCGGCCCGCAGUACAACUACCGCCUGAUCAUUCGCACGAGCCAGCUGCGGACGCUCCGUGGAUCCAUUUUGGAGGAUGCCCUGCCCCUCACCGCUCGCCAUGCCUCUCCCCGGGGCGUCCCCCCCAAGAAGCUGCUGGAGCACAUCAUGCCGGAGCUCAACCUGCCGUGUCUCCGUCUCGCUUCCAGCUCCCCGAAGGUCCCUGAGACGUUGCUGAAGUUGGAUGAGCAAGGGCUUAGCUUCCAGCGCAAAGUUGGGAUCCUGUAUUGCCGGGAGAAACAAGGCUCGGAAGAGGACAUGUACAAUAACGAGAAGGCCGGGCCCACCUUUGAAGAGUUCCUGAACCUCUUGGGCGAGCGAGUCCGCCUGCUCGGCUUCGACAAAUACCGUGCGCAGCUGGACAACAAGAACGACUCCACAGGGACUCACUCCUUGUACACCACAUAUCAGGAUUAUGAGAUUAUGUUCCACGUCUCCACCAUGUUGCCCUACACACCAAACAACCGCCAGCAGCUGUUGAGGAAACGGCACAUUGGCAAUGACAUUGUCACCAUCAUCUUCCAAGAACCGGGAGCCCUCCCCUUCACACCCCGCUUGGUUCGUUCCCAGUUCCAGCAUGUUUUCAUUGUGGUUAGAGUACACCAUUCCUCCAUGGAUCAUACCACCUACAGCGUGGCGGUCAGCUGCACCGAGGACAUCCCUCACUUCGGGCCUUGCAUCCCGGCCGAGAACUGUUUCCUGAAGGGCCCGGCCUUCCGGGACCUUCUCCUCGCCAAGGUGAUCAACGCCGAGAACUCCGCUGAGCGGUCGGGCAAGUUCCACGCCAUGGCCACCCGGACGCGUCAGGAGUACCUCCGCGACCUGGCACUCCACCACGUCACCACGAGCACGUUGGAGGCCUCCACGUCCCGACGGCCUCUGAUCACUUUGCCGGCAGCCAAGAAACGGGAGAAGUCCAAAGUUCCCAAGGGGGCUGAGGCCCACAGCGCGGGUGCUUUGGUGUGGGGUGUCUGGGCCCGGGACGGGAGCAAAGAACCCAACAGCAAGACAUUGGAUCUCCGGUGCUUGUUGGGCAUCUCCUCGGAGUUUCUAGUCCUCAUUGAUGCCCGCGAGAAGAGAGUGGUUUUUAACUGCUCGUGCCGGGAUAUCCUCGCUUGGACUUUCUCGGAGAGUUGCACCUUGGACCUUUAUUACGAGACCGGGGAUUAUAUUUGCAUGCGUGUGGACGAGGGCCAGGCAUCCGACAUUCGCGAUAUCGUCCAUCGGCUACAACUGGUGACCCGCGGGUGCGAGACCAGGGAACUGACCCUCUUGCGGAACGGCGUUGGCCAGCUGGGGUUCCAAAUGGACCACGAAGGGUUUGUAACCGAAGUGGAACGCUUCACCUUUGCGGAAAAAGCCGGGCUCCAGCCCGGGGCCCGACUGGUACGGGUGUGCGAAAGACCCUUGCCCGGCCUGACGCCCCCCCAGACCGCUGAACUCCUGCGGACGGCGAAAAAAGUCACGAUCACUGUUGUUCCUCCAGACGAGAACGGAAGGCCUAGGAGGAGUUUCUCCGAGCUCUACCAGAAAUCGCUGCAGGAGAAGCGGAGGAGCGAACCCCCGGUUGGAGACACCGAACUGACCCGGCCAGCCAGCGAAGUGAUCUUCAAACCGGCCACCUUUCAGCUCCUCCAUUCCUUGUCCCUGCAGGAUGGGGCGCCUCACCUCUUGGCUGAAGAGAGGACCGAAUUCUUGCAGAGCCACAGCGACCAAACCCCAGCCCCCUCCGACCCGAUUCCACCCAAAACUUUCUCUCUUACCUCCAAUCCUCCUCCAGACAUAAUCUUGGCAACCACUCCCAAAGCCCUCCCGGAUCGAGAUCUGGACCAUCCGAGAGAGGCGGUAGUGAACCAUCACACGCCUGGCCUGGUAGCUCAGGAGGCCAAAGGCUUUCCGUCUUCUCCACCACCGGGAGAGAAGGCCUUGCCGUCUCUGGAAGCGAGCGACAGCAAUAAGUUUUUGCCCCGGACGCUUUCGCUACGGAAUUCCAUCACCAAAAUUCUCUCUGACGCUGGGGAAUCCCUGGAAGACGAGUGGGACUCCAUCGCCAAUCUGGCAUCGGCUUGUAACAACAUCCUGGAAGCACUCUCCCACGAAGGCCAGCAUAUUCUGGAGAAUCGAGAAGGCUCCACGGGGACCCAGAGAUGCGCCGGUCAGCCACAAGCCAUUGAUGAGUCUCAGCACGCCCUCAGCCUGGCCGACAAAGUUUUGUACUUGGAGCUCAAACUGAAGGAGCUGCAGGACGAUCUUCAGAAGGACAAAGGCCAAAAGGCGGCUCUCCAAGCCGAAAUGCAAACCCUCCAGCAGAACACCAAGCGACUGAAAGAGGCGUCGGAGACGGCCGCGGCCCAACUCAGCCAAGUCACCCAGAUGUUGGGGGGAGGUUCCUCCGGCCCCCACUGCCCGUGAGGAGGAGGGGGGAGCGCCCUCUGCCCCUCCACGGCCGGCCACCCUCCUGCUUGGCCCAGCCCUGGACGGCUCCACCCGAUUUUUCCUCCCUCAGGAGCGGGGAGGGAAAAGGGCACCCCCAGGAGAUCCAGGAAUCCGAGGGUGGUUUGUUGCGGGGAAACAAAACCGCCACUCGCAAAGCCUUGCCUCGCUCUGGAAGUUCAGCCCUCCCCGUUUUUUGAGAGGGGAGGGAGGGGGCUGCUGCCUUCCCCCACCCCCACCCCCAAAGAUGAAGCCGGCGGGGGGUGGGGGUUGGAUAAUUGAACGAGAAAAAAGACCCCAACGUGGCUGGUCGGCAUAGAAUUGACAGUUUGGAGUCCCAUCGCUCCAUCUCCGCCUCUUCGAAGGGCGCCUGGUUUUUGCCCCAUCCUCAGGUUCAGCUGGGCGUGAAUUUGAACUCGGGUUCGAAGGCCCCCCCCCUCCCCAAAAAGGGGAGGUGGGGGGGGGCGGAGA